AUGGACACAAACGCUGACACUUGUUGCUUGGGUAGCAAUUUCAUUAUUACUGCUUACACACAACGCUCGGCCGAUGUAUACGCCUAUGAUUCCAGUCUACCGCCAACUCAUGUUCCAAUUGUUUCAGGGGCGACAGCAUAUGAUUGUCCAGAAACUGGUUCUACUUUUAUUUUGAUCAUAAACGAAGCGCUCUACUAUGGAAACAAGUUGGACCACUCCUUGUUCAACCCAAAUCAGAUUCGAAGUUACGGUACUCCUCUUUGGGACAACCCAUAUGAUGAUAUGCAUGAAAUUGGGAUUGAAGCUACGGACUUGUUCAUACCACUACGAUCAAGGGGCACCAAGCUACUCUUUGGCACACGUGCUCCCACUAAGAAGGAACUUGAAACGUGCCAUCAUAUUGAGCUCACAAGUAAAGUGCCAUGGGAGCCGUCAACUGUGCAACUUGGGAAACUCUCAACGCCACGAAAUACUCCUUAUGAAGAUCCACGAUCAAAUGACUCUGAAAUGCGCCGUUUAGAUCCUGUGCAACACAACUUACAACAAUGGUGUGUUGUACAACAAAUCAAUGCAACUGCUGAUAGGUUUCAAGAUGUUCCAGUCCGGCCAUCAUUUGUAUCAACUGAACGGCACUCCAAAGUCACCGCAGAGAAUCUUUCUGAACGCUUGGGAAUCAGCAUUGGUCGAGCAAGAGCUACAUUAAACGCAACCCUGCAACGUGGGACCAGAUCAGCUAUUAUGCCACUUGCAAGGAGAUAUUGA